ACUGCCGAACCCCUUCGCCGACUGCGGGGCGGGGAGGCUGACGAAGCGGCUGGUGCGCGCCACGGACAGCAGGGGGUGCUGCCGGGCCCCGAUCCCUUCGGGCGGGUCGUGGCCGGUCGGGAAUGAUAGCAGGAAGCGGCCGCCGGGAGCCUUAUCGGCGGGCGGCAGGAGGGGAGGGGCUGGGCCGGGCCGGGCCGGGCCCCUGCUUUAGGCGGGCCCGGUGAGGGCUGUGAGGCGCCGCCUUGUCCCGCUCGGCUCGGAAGCCGCAGAAGCGGUCUCCUCCUUUUCCUCCAUGGCCGGCUUGGCUCCUCGCCUGCCCUCGCUGCUGCUGUUGUGGCGGCGCCGGCGAUGCUCCUCCUGGGCUCCCGCUUCCCUGGGACGAGGCUGGGCCGCCUGCCGCUCACCGAGCAACAGGUGCUGGCAGGCCGCUCUGCCCGACGUCUUCCGCCUUUUCCCGGCCGCUAGCCCCAGCGCCGCCGCGUCCUCUUGGGCAGCCGCUGCGGGGAGCUCGCGGGAGAAGUUGGGCGAGCCCACGGGGGCCGCGCGGUCUCUGGCUGCCGGGCCCGGAGAAGGAGGCUCGGACGCCAGAAGGCUCUUGGCCCUGGCGCAUCCCGAGCGCUGGAGAUUGACAGCUGCUGUGGGCUUUCUGACAGUUUCCAGUGUCAUCACUAUGUCUGCCCCUUUUUUCUUGGGGAAGGUUAUUGAUGUCAUUUAUACAAAUCCAUCUGGUGACUUCACUGACAACCUGUCCAACCUCUGUGUCUUGCUAAGUGGAAUCUUCUUCUGUGGUGCUGCUGCCAAUGCAACCCGCGUUUACCUCAUGCAGACUGCAGGACAAAGAAUUGUGAAUCGACUAAGAGCAACAAUGUUCUCAUCUCUUUUGAAACAAGAAAUAGCUUUUUUUGAUAAAACCAGCACUGGAGAACUGAUCAAUCGCUUAUCUUCUGACACUGCACUCUUGGGCCGUUCAGUCACGGAAAACCUUUCCGAUGGGUUAAGGGCUGUGGCUCAGGCUUCAGUUGGCAUUGGGAUGAUGUUUUUCGUUUCUCCCAAACUUGCUAUGUUUGUUCUGAGUGUGGUGCCACCUCUGGCUGUCAUAGCAGUGAUUUAUGGAAGAUAUUUGCGAAAACUGACUAGAAUGACACAAGAUUCCCUUGCAGAAGCAACACAGUUAGCAGAAGAACGGAUUGGCAAUUUACGAACAGUUCGAGCUUUUGGACAAGAAUUAAAUGAAAUGGGGAAAUACCAAAGCAGAGUUGAUUAUGUGCUGCAGCUGGCCAAAAAAGAAGCAAUAGCUCGAGCAGGAUUCUUUGGAGCAACUGGACUAUCUGGCAAUUUGAUUGUGCUCUCUGUUCUGUACAAAGGAGGAUUGUUGAUGGGCUAUUCCCACAUGACCAUUGGUGAACUGUCUUCCUUUUUAAUGUAUGCCUUCUGGGUUGGCAUAAGCAUUGGAGGCUUAAGUUCUUUCUAUUCAGAGCUAAUGAAAGGAUUAGGUGCAGGAGGGCGUCUAUGGGAACUUAUUGAUAGGAAGCCGGAACUUCCUUUUAAUGAGGGAAUAGUAUUCAACCAGGAUGCUUUCAGAGGUACACUGGAGUUCAGAAAUAUUCAGUUUGCAUAUCCAACUCGUCCAGAGACUUUAGUUUUCCAGGACUUUGCUCUUACAAUCCCAGCAGGCUCCGUCAUGGCAUUGGUUGGCCCAAGUGGCUCUGGCAAAUCGACGGUUGUAUCUCUCCUGCUUAGGCUUUAUGAUCCAAUCUCAGGGGCCAUUACUAUUGAUGGUGUUGACAUUCGUCAGCUAAAUCCUCUGUGGUUCAGGUCUAAAAUUGGAACUGUAAGUCAGGAACCAAUUCUGUUCUCUUGCUCUAUUGCUGAAAACAUUGCUUAUGGUGCAGAGGACCCCUCUCUGGUAACGACCAAAGAAAUCGAGAAAGUCGCUGAGAUAGCAAAUGCUGCUAAUUUUAUCCAAAACUUCCCUAAAGGAUUCCACACUUUAGUUGGGGAAAAAGGUGUUCUUCUUUCAGGUGGACAGAAACAGCGCAUUGCGAUUGCUCGAGCUCUUCUCAAGAAUCCAAAAAUUCUUCUUCUUGAUGAAGCAACAAGUGCUUUGGAUGCCGAAAAUGAAUACCUCGUCCAAGAGGCACUAGAUCGACUUAUGGAAGGAAGGACUGUCCUCAUUAUUGCCCAUCGUCUUUCCACCAUUCAGAAUGCAGAUUGUGUUGCAGUUCUUGACCAAGGCAGAAUUAUUGAGUGUGGAAAGCACAAAACACUGCUUGCAAAUCCAGAUGGACUUUUCAGCAAACUGAUGAAGAAACAAUCUUUCGUCCAGAAUAGUGAAAGUGUUACAAUAAAUGUAAAAUCCUGAAAAAGAGCUUUUUGUUACCAAAUUACAAUAUAAGGAAUAGAAAUGUAAAACAUUUCCAAUAAUUUACGUUUCAAGUUAUGUACUAUGUAUACAUUUUAUAUAUAUUCUUCCCUCAGCAGUUUCAAAACUUGGAUGUGUUAAUCUUUUUAUUCAGAUUUUUAAAUAAUUGUAUGUGUCUGAGAACAUCAACAUUGGGCUGCUUUCAGAUUAUAAAUGUUUUUCUAUUUUUUUAGUUAAUGGAUUCAGUAUGAGUGCCUACUUGAUUUUUUUUAACAUUAACUAAAUUACAUUCUAAUUUUACAGCUGCAUUAAAAUCACAUACUGCCCUGGAAUCACUUCUGCAAAGUGUCAUUAGAAUUAAAAUUGGUCCAGAGUUUUGAAACCGAAGCUGCUGAACGUGGACCAAAUCCUGGGCAAUGUUAAAAGCGGUGUUUUUCAGUGGGAGGUCCGUGCAUAUGCAAUAGUCCCAGUUUCAGUCCCUGGCAUCUCCAUUUGAAAGAGACUACAGGCCUCCUUAUGACUGGCGACUUCCAGCCAAGUUAGAUGGCGCUGCUCUAGAUGAACCACUGGUCUGACUUAGUGUAAUGCAGUUUCUAUUAAUAUAUGUACCCUGAAACACAUCCCACCUAAAUCAUGGCAGCUGCUUUUGUUCUCUCUCAUUCCUCAUAAGCCUGAGAUUGCAUUACAAGUCACUUUCUAACAAACUAAGCCUGGAUACAAAUGUCAUCUAAUGUAAAACAUUAACAUUGAACUAGCAAAUAGGUUAUGGGUAGAAUGGGUUAAAUAAUGGAAUACUUUGGAGAAAUACCUUUUAUUGGCUGGCUUAGUGCAGAGGACAAAAUUAUUACUAAAUGCUUUUCCAGUGUUAUUAAACAGACUAAAACUUGGAUAGCCAAAGGGAGCCAAGUAGUUGUCCAUUGUUUUCCUUUAAAAUGGAGGCUCUUAACUUUCUAUCAGGUCAAGUUAUAUUACAAGGCACUGACGUUUUAACAUAAUGAAAAAUGCUUUUGUUAGAACCAUAACUUCCCUGAUAGAGUUGAGAUUAAAAUAAUUUUUUUCCAGUAAGACAUUUGAUCAAAAUUCUAAAAGUGCUUGCAUGCACGUUCCACUAAAGCUAUGUAGACUCUGUUGCCAAAUAUAUUUGGAAUAGCCACCUUCCUGAUCAGUUAUAUCUGAAUUCUUGAACAUUUCAUCGAUGUUAAGAGGCUGGAUUUUAAUUUAUGUGUUCGAUGUUGUAAAAUAGUAUUAUUUACAUAUUUAUAAAACAACCGUGCAGGCUAGUUUCAAAAUAAUUUCUGUAUUGCACACUGUAGUUCAUGUUGCCAAACUUGCCUGUGCUGCUGUAUUUUACCACCUGUUGCUACUACCAGGGGGAGGGGGGGGGGCUUAGUUCAUUUACUGUACCAAAAAAAGAAUGUCUAUGCUUUGUAUAUUGUCUCCCAUCAGAUUUGUGGAGAUUUUACUUCUUUAACAGUAAUUUUGUAAUUUCUAUAAAUAAAUUUUUUAAAAUGUACACACCUUAGACAUUGUACAGGGAAUUACAUUAUUGUACAGCAUAACAUUAAAAAAACCAACCCCUGAGCAAA